GAAGAGUUCUGAGCAUGCGCACUAUGCCCUGUUGUGAAGUAAAUGCGUCAGGUUUUGUUUUCAUGCUGCAUGAGUUUGGUGUUUUUAGGACAUGAGUGAAGAUGAAUGAGGAUGCAUACGAGGUCCCAGAGAGGGCUGACUACCGCUACCUAGUGCAGGAUGAGGAUGAUCUGGAGGAGGUGCAGUAUGUCCGUCACAGGCACUACAUCAGCCCCGUCUUAGUGCUGUCCAAACGUUGCAUCUUCUUCAUCUGCCUGGCGGUGCUCGCUCUGCUCAGUCUCGCCGUGUAUCUGGGCUACAUGGCCCAGACGCUGCCGCCGGGAUUCGCCCAGGUGUCAACAGACUGUGGAGACUUCAGAGGAAGACAUAAAGAUGGAGGCUACUCCUUUAAAGGGAUUCCCUACGCUGCCCCACCUGUCGGUAACCUUCGUUGGGCUCCUCCGACCGAUCCAAUGUGCCAGAGCGGGGUGACGGAUGCGGGACGCUUCCGCAGCAUGUGUCCUCAGGUUCGGCCAAUGGCGAAAACGGGGAAGGUGAUGGGUCAGGAGGACUGCCUGUUUGUCAACGUGUGGACACCCACGCUGGAGCGUGACGCCAAGCUGCCCGUCAUGGUCUGGAUCCAUGGUGGAUACCUGCACAUGCUCAGUGGAGGAGAGCAGGGAUACUCACCCACAGAGAAGCUCGCCGCAGACACACAAAUAGUUUACGUCAGCUUCAACUACAGACUCAAUGCGUUUGGCUUCUUGGCUCUGGAGAUCCUGAGAGAAGGUUCUCCAAGAAACAUCUCAGGGAACUAUGGCUUCUUGGACCAGAUUGCAGCUCUGAAGUGGGUCCAGAGGAACAUCCAAAUGUUUGGAGGAGAUCCUGAAAAAGUCACCAUAUUUGGACAGAGUUCAGGUGGGACUUCCGUGUGGACCCUGAUGAUGUCGCCACUGGCACAAGGCCUCUUCCACGCCGCCAUGGACCUGAGCGGCUCGUACGUUUACAACGCGACGCUGAAGCAAGCCGAGUCUGACAACCUGGUGUUUCUGAACAAGACGGGCUGUGCAGAUCAGGCCUGCCUCCGACGUCUCUCCACCACUCAGAUCCUGCAGGCCAUCCCCUGGCUGGAGUACCCGUCCUGGGCAGCAGACGAUGCUACCGACCUCCCCGUCAAAGGCCACUUCAUCGGCCCGCUUGCAGUGGUGGACGGAUACGUCCUCGAGGCGCCGCCUUUUGAGUUAUGGGAGAAGAAGCGAGGCUUUAACGACGUCCCUUUCCUCGUUGGGACGACGGAGCAGGAGGCCGACUUCAGUCCUCCGGCUGACAACAUCUCAGCGUGGACAUGGGGCGACUAUCGGUGGUUUGUAACAGAUAAACUUCGGUCCUUCAGUCAGGACCUCCCCAGAGAGGCUCUGGACCUGUACCCGUCCUCAGCCCCCUGUCCCACCACAGACCGCUGUCCAGAGAGGGCUUACACCACCAUGGUGUCGGACAUCAGGGCCACCUGUCCCAACAACGACCUGGCCUGGAGGGCUGCAGCCGCCCUCAGCAGUCCCGUGUAUCGCUACGUGGUCACGCACACGCCAUCCAGACCGGUCAACACAUCCAGCAGCCUGCUGCCGUAUUCCAGCCGUUUCUCCUUCCACUCCCUGGACGUCAUGGCUUUCUUUGGAGGACUGGAGCUCAUCCUGGGGAAACCUCUCUCGAAGCAGGACCGCAGCUUCCAGGAUCUCAUCACGCACCAUUUCGUCAGCUUCGCCAAAACAGGUAGGAUGGAGUGGCCUGAGUACCCAGCAUCCACUGCUCUGCUCUCUGAAACGUUGAAGCCAGUCCACAACUACUCAUCCGCCCGCUGUGAGCUGUGGAAGGAGAACGGCCUGUACGCCUACGCCUGGAUGAACUGAGCGUUGACGUGUUGUCAUAGCGAUGACUGCAGAUCCUGCCGCAGCCGUUCCAGCUUGAAACCUCACCGUCACGAAGCAUUCCACCAGUGUGACGUGGACCACGUCUGAAGCUUACGACUCAGAUGGGUCCUCAGAAGCCAUAUUUGUGUUCAAAUAGCAACCACUGCAGAUUAUUUUGUUUUGCAUUGUGAGAUUUUUGCCUCUGUUUUAAAACAGAGUUAAACAGGAUUUAGUUUCUCUGAUAGUGUUUCAUAAUUCUGGUCCUGGAUGUUUCCUGAUUGAAGUUAAUCCACUGUUGAUAACGAUACCAAAUUAAUCUAAAUAUUAAUCUCAUCCAAGCAUUUUAAACCAGGGAAACCUCUAAAACAUGCAGGGUAGUGGAUUAUAAAGUUUAGGGCUGAGGCGCUGCCCUGUGGGGAAUUUAAAAAGGAAGACAAGCUUAUCUGCAAGAGGACAUGCCAGCAAGCGAGUUUUUUACGUUGCAUUUUUGGUGAAUUUAACCUCUAGCAGGCUGCAAGUCGGACUAAAGAAGCCUGAAGGAAGCACAUACAGCAGAGUGAGUGAUGGAAACAUUUACACUUGGGAUAAAUAGGAUUCAGGAUUCAUAAGGGAGGACGAUAAAGACACAUCUGGCAUGAUGAUAAACUCGGUGUAGAGUGGAAAGUAACCAUACACUGUUAAAUCCAGGACAAUUACAAUCUGUGAUAUGUAAAGAUUUUACAGCUGAAAAAGAAAAUGGCAGCAUUAAUUAAGGUGAGAUUUAAAUAGGAAAGAAGCACCUUGUCUGUGGAAAUGUUCAGCUCUCGGUUUUAUCACCCAAGUCUUGAAGUGCAACAAAAGAACAAAUAUUUACACUUUUAGCUAUUUUAAAUGAAAAUUUAAAGGAAAAAGAAAAACAUCCAACUAGUCAGCCAUGUUCUCCAAACUCUUCCUCAAAAGGUCCUGAACUUCCAGAAAGCAGCACAUCCUGAUGAAGAGCAUGUUAGGACAGACGCUGCCUCUGGGGCUUCAUCCGCUGCUGGAAGGAGGAAGGAUUAAUCAAACUGUCCAUCAAACCUCCCAGCUGUCGCUUCUCAAGAUGAACUCUGCACCAAGUAUUUCUAAACUAUAAUGUCGACAUUUCCAUAUGAUCUUUGUAGCGACCAACCACAUUAAACAGCUUAAGCUUAAACUAACAGGGAAAGUCUCAUUUGUAGCUCGACUGCGUCACAGUAUUUCAUAUUUGGUUGGUGAAUUCUGACGAAAUAAAGAUCAGAAAUAUUUAUAAAGGUGAGAAAAAGUUAUAUUUUCUGCAAAAAGAAGUCCUAUAUGACAAGAGUAGAAUUAACAUUAGAAGGUGAUGGUUGAAGUUGUUAAGAAUGGAAACUAUUUAAUUUUGUUUUCUUUUUCUUUUCAAAAAUAGGAUUUUUAUUAGUGAAUCAAGUUAUUGUUUGUGAAUUUAGUUGAAUUCUGCUGUUUGGACUGAUUUAUAACCUCAACACUGGGCCACAUGUCUGGACUCUGAUAAUCCUCCUGAAGUGCGGUUUUUCUUGCUGCCUGGUUUCUAACCACUUGUUAGCUUUUGUAACGGCAGACAUGAAUCCCGCUUUGUGUUUGCUGUGUUAAUGUGAUGAAAUUCACUCUUUGUAAGCUCAAUAAACUAAAAUCAUG